AUGUCGCCACCGUCGCCAAUUCUGCCCAAUUGUCAAACGACGAGCAGCGCAGAGGAGGAAAGACGUAAAGAAAAGAAAGCGACAGUCAGAACUCGCCGCAACGAAGCGCAUGAAACCGGAGCUCGCCCCAGCGAAGGGCACGUCCCAGUGAGCCUUUUCGCGCACGACGGCCCCGCGAGAGGGGCCCUUUGUUCGGUAAAACUGGCGGCCGCCGGGGGUGGUCUGGCCGGCGGCGGCGUCGACGACGGCCCGCCGGCGAUGUUCGAAUGGGGCGACCGCGAAGGCGAUCGCUUCAGCUUCGAGGACUCGGACCGGUUCGAGGAGGACUCUUUGUGCAGCUGGAGCUCCGAGCCGGAGAGCGUCUACAACAAUUGGAGAGGUUGGAAGAAACCAACGGCUGGGUCUGGUGCUUAUUUCGGCGGCGGAAGAAAAUCCAACGACGACGCCCAAACCGUCCCGUCGCUCACCGAACUCUCAGCGAAAUGCGUCGCCUCCCACAUCCCCUUCGAACUGGUCGAACACUUCUACCCGCCGGUGCCCGAACAACUCCAACUGCGCAUCGCCUUUUGGAGCUUCCCCGACAACGAAGAGGACAUCCGCUUGUACUCGUGCCUCGCCAACGGUUCGGCCGAGGAGUUCUCCAAAGGCGAGAACCUCCAUCGCACCCGAAUGGUCAAAGACCCGCUCCAAAUCGGCUUCCAUCUCUCAGCCAGCGUGCAACAGACACCUAGAGGCACCCACAACGUUGCUGUAACCUUCGAUCGCAGGAAGAUCUCCUCCUGCAACUGCACUUGUAAUUCUACAGCGUAUUGGUGCUCCCAUAUCGUGGCUGUAUGUCUCACGCGCAUCCACUGGCCUCAUUUGGUCACCCUCAGAGCGCCUGUAUCGGAAUCUCUAUCGCGUUUGCAACGCGACCAGCUGCAGAAAUUCGCUCAAUAUCUCAUCAGCGAGCUGCCGCAGCAGAUUCUACCCACCGCUCAAAGGUUGCUCGAUGAAUUGCUGGGUUCCCAGCCGUCGGCCAUCAAUUCGGUGUGCGGCGCGCCGGAUCCGACGGCCGGCGCGUCGGCCAACGAUCAAACCUCGUGGUAUUUGGACGAGAAGACGUUGCACGACAACAUCAAGAAGAUCCUGAUCAAGUUUUGCGUGCCGGCGCCGAUGGUGUUUAGCGACGUGAAUUAUUUGAGUACGGUGGCGCCGCCGGCGGCGGCCGAAUGGACGUCGUUGUUGCGACCGUUGAGAGGUAGAGAACCGGAGGGUAUGUGGAAUUUGUUGAGUAUCGUGAGGGAGAUGUUUAAGCGGAACGAUCGCAACGCCAUACCGUUGUUGGAGAUCAUCACCGAGGAGUGCCUGGCCUGCGAGCAGAUAUUGAUUUGGUGGUUUAAUACUAAGGUGGCUCUUCUUAGCGGAAAUUCCGGUUACGGCGGCAGCGGCGGUGGAAAACACAACAACGUAAAUAGUAAUACACACGCCUCGCAACACGCCUGCUCAUCAUUGUGCGACGAAGUUGUCGUUUUGUGGCGUUUGGCGGCGCUGAAUCCCGGUCUGGCUCCGACCGAACGAGACAUGCUCCACAAUCAGGUACCAUUUCCAUCCAUUUCCAUCCAUUUCCACCUUUUCACCACGUGGCACAUGAAGAUAUUGGAGAAGGUGAGCAAGUGCCGUAACACCACCACCGGCGCUCAAUCGCACUACGCCAAAAAUCUCAGCUCGCUGAAGAUGGAUCUGGAAGUGUUUACUGGUUUCAAGCCGGCCAUCGAAGCGUGCUAUUUGGAUUGGGACGAUUAUCCGAUGCCGGGGAUUACCUAUACGCAAGACAUCAAUCCGAUGUACCAUUGUCCUUUUACUUGUUUCCGACAUGGUGCUGACAGUUCUAGAGGGGAAAGUCAAGUUACUCAGGUCAACUCGAGCAAAGCCGUACUGAAUCCCCUGCACCACCACCACCACCACCACCAUCACCACCACCACGCGCACGCGCGCCCUCCCCGCUACGGCUACGUCAACGUCAUGAGCAUGAACCCCAUCGAGUACGCCCCGACGCCCCGUCGCCCCGUCGACGUCGACCGUCCCGACGGCAACCGGUCGAGCGUCAGCAGCGAAGGCUUCUGCGAGGUCGACGACGACGCCAACUCGAUGCAGGAGGCGCGCUACAACGAUUCCGAUUCCCAAGAGGGCGCCGGCAGCGAUUCGUCGAGCGACAGCGGCGGACGACGCGACGCCGACGCCAAACCGACCCCCACGCCGCCCGACGAAUGCCCCGCUUCGAGGCGAGCUUCGAAAGACGAAUCGCUGACGUCUUCUAACUCGGAAUCGCAGCAAUCCGGCGACGAAUACAACUUGUAUUUCUACAAUAGCAAAGAAAUUUGCGCUCUAUCGCACUCCGUACAUAAUAAUAAACCGGACGACGGCGACGACAAAUCGGCGAUGCUGUCGACUUUGAAGAAAUGCGACGAUCCGUGGGACGUGCUAUUCUCUCGAGCCGAAGGCCUCCACGCCCACGGGCACGGUCGCGAAGCGUGCAUACUAGGCGUGAAGCUCUCCGAGGAGCUGCUGAUGCAUCCGCCCGAUUUGAUGGUCGAAAUACCGCCGGCGCCGAAGAAGAAAGGCAAGAAACACCAGGUCAAUCCGGCCUCGCACCAAUUGAGCUGUCUGGCGUCGGGCACUCUAUCGAAAUGCGCUUUUUUGUGUUCCGUGCUAGCCGAAAACACCGAUCACCAUCACCUGGCGUUCCGCGUCGGUAUGUUCGGCCUCGAAAUGGCCCGUCCGCCGGCCAGCACGAAACCGCUCGAAGUGAAACUCGCCAAUCAAGAAGCUGAUUUAGUCAACCUCCUAAAACGCAUACCGUUGAGCCACAGAGAGUUGCAGGUGUUGCGCGAGAGAGCCGAACGAUUGAAGGAGGGCGCGUUGAAGUCGCGAGGCGAGGCGAUGUUGCCGAUCACUCUGGCCAGUUUCGUGUUCGACGCGCUCGUCGCGCCCCACGUGACGGGCAAGGAUCGCGUCAAAUUGACCAAUGUGCGCCUGCGCGCCGACGAACCGUUGGGUUUCGAGGCGGCCGUGGCGGCGCUCGGGCUCAAAGCGAACGUCUCCGAAGCGGAGCAUCCGUUGUUGUGCGAGGGGACGCGACGGCAACGCGGCGAAUUGGCCAUAGCGCUGUUGAUGUUCUACAAGGACGAUUGCUGGAAGGUGGCGAAGAUUAUGGAUAAGUUGUUGGAUAGGGAGGUGCACCAGUUGUUGAAGACGCCGUUGACGAGUUCGUACUAUUCGAGCAAUCCGCCGACGAAGAGCCAAUAUUCGAAUUUGAAGCGAGACGAUUGCGAUAAGGUCGUUGCCGCUUCGAUUAGUCCUCUAGUAGCGCCCGCUGAGAUGAUACCGAACGAUGUGGCGUGCUGUAGCCGACCUCAUAGCUCGACGAGCGCCGAAUUGGACCAAAGUAUGACCAACUUACUCGCCUCCCAACCGCAACAAACUUCAAUCCAAACGGGUACUCGAGCCAAAGACGGCCGGUACAAAGGCAAGCGAGCCUAUCCAUCCAUACCGAAUCAACCGUCGGAGGCGGGCGCUCAUUUCAUGAUCGAACUGGCCAAGACGGUGUUGAACAAAGCCGGAGGCACCAGCAGCACGUCGUUGUUCACCCAACCGUCGACCAGCCAGAAUUGCCAUUCCCCACACAGGGCCCUGCACAUGUGCGCCUUCCAAUUGGGCCUCUACGCCCUCGGUUUGCACAAUUGCGUCAGCGCCAAUUGGCUCAGCAGGACCUACUCGUCGCACGUCUCCUGGAUCACCGGUCAAGCGAUGGAGAUCGGAGCGGCGGCGAUAUCGUUUCUGAUCGACACGUGGGAGGGUCAUUUGACGCCGCCGGAGGCGGCGAGCAUAGCGGACAGGGCGUCGCGCGGUUGCGACGGUAACAUGGUUCGGGCGGCGGCCGAAUUGGCGCUGUCGUGUUUGCCGCACGCGCAGGCGCUCAAUCCGAACGAGAUCCAGAGGGCGAUAUUGCAAUGUAAAGAACAGAGCGAAGAGAUGCUCGAGCACGCCUGCCAUACGGUCGAGAUGGCCGCCAAAGGGGGCGGCGUCUAUCCCGAAGUACUCUUCCAGGUCGCGAAACAUUGGUACGAAUUGUACGUGAGAAACACGCCCGGAGGCGAUCAGAUAUUAGACAACGAAAUGCCCCACGAUCCUCUGAUCGAUUCCCACGGUGCUCUGGUGGCCUUGAUCGAACAGCUGGUUCCGCAAGAAGUACCAACUGCUGCUCAACCGGUAGUGGUCACUACAGCACCACCCUAUACCCACGGAGCGCCACCUGUCGGCAUGUACGUCAGCCACUACAACUUCGUGCCGCACCCGCACCAUCCCCCAUUGGCGUACGGGGGCCCUCUACACCCCCUGCAGGCGGCCCAACCGGUGUGUCCCAUGUACCAGUUCCCCUAUCCGCCGCCCCCGCAACAACCGGCGCCCUCUGCGGCCGCCGCCGCCGCCGCCUUUACGCCCAUACCGACGUCGUACGCGACGUUGCCGCCCCCGCAACAGGCGGCGUUUACGAGCGCCCCGUCGCAGUACGCCCAACCGCCGCCGUCGACGCCGCCGUCGGCGUCGGUUUUCGCCGCCCCGCCGCCGCCGACGCCCCAACAACAACAACAACAACCGGUGCCCCAACCGGUGCAGUACUACGGACCGGCCGUGACGAUCGCCCAACCCGUCCAAGGACUGAGGCCUGGUACUCACAUGUACGCAGCCCCACCGCCAGGCAUCGCGGCGCACGCGCAACAACCUCGACCGCCACAUCGACCGCACCAAUUCAACCAAACCCAACUCAGGUAUCUGUUGACGUCGUACAGAGUGGGCAUGUUGGCGUUGGAAACGCUAGCGAGGCGGGUGCACGACGACCGCCCCCAAGCCAAAUACGCCCGCAAUCCGCCAUACGGCGAGGACGUGAAAUGGCUGUUGAGGAUCUCGAAGCAUUUGGGCACCCAGUACCUGCACCAUUUCUGCGUGUGCGCCGUCAAUUCGAUCGUCAGUCCGUUUGUGCUGUACGACGUGGCGAUCGAGGCCGCUCAGUAUCUGUCGAGGAACAAUCCGAGUUUGGUGAUGCAACAUCUGCGCACCGCUUUGACGCCUUUGGUGCAAAAAUGCCAGCAGAUGUACAUACAGUGCAUGCACCAGAAGCUCUACCAUUUGACGUCGGCUGAUUACGAGGAAUUUGUGAGUAUCGUUUGUGCCGCUAGGGCGGCGUUCCAGAUCACGCCGGACGGUUCGGCGCAUUUCAAGGAAUGGUUGCAAUCGAUUCGAAGGCCCGAAUUGGGCGCGCAGGCUUCCUAUUCGACCUAUCACCGAUCGACCGGCGAAGCCGAUGAAGCCGAAGCGCCUUCGACAGCUCGCUUACAUCUGUGCAAUCUGCAGCAAACCGAGUUGGCUAUUGUUCAUCCGCAUUCGAUCUUCAUAGCGCAGGUUCUGUCGCAGGAUAACGGCGAGGAGCAGCAACAGCAACAGCAGCAACAGCAGCUGCAGCUGCAACAGCAAUGGUCGCCUGGAAGUUGA